GCGAAGAAGGAAGCGUCCCUGUUUUCUGUUGUGGAAUAGUGGGGAUUUGCUUCCCUGCGGUCCCCCGGCGGGUUGUUCCGCACCCGUCUUUCCCCCGCUUUCUUGCUAAGCUCUUCAGCUCUCAUGGCGUUGUAUUUCAGGAGAGGCCGAAGAGGCCAGUUUAAACAUAUAGCUCAUGGCCUGAUCCCUGCAGCUACCAUAGCUCCUAAACCUGCUGUACCCCGCACCCCUCCCCCUCGUAGUCCAAACCCUUCUCCAGAAAGGCCCAGAUCUGCUCUGGCUGCAGCUAUUCUUGUGACAACCCUAACUGGACGCACUGUUGCCAUCCCUCAGCCACGACAACGAUCUUUUUCAGAAAGUGAUACCAGCUACUUGCAGGAUAAAGAAAGUUAUGUUGAGCCAUAUGCAACCAUCACUGAGCUGCGAAUGGGUCAAAACUGGAAGAGUGAUGGUGAUGAAAGGAGUGCUGUUCAGUCUUUGGAAAUAUCUGGCAGUUGCUGUGAUGAUGAAGAUAUGGAUACAUCUCGUUCAAACACAGAAAAAGAGCCAAAUUCUAUCUGUCAGGAUAUUGACAAAAAAGAGUGCAUUACCAAGGAUGCUUUGUACGCUGUUCCACACAAAAGCAAACAGGAAAUUCUCCCAGUUUCAAGUAACGGCAAUGGUGAGGAAGAUGAUUCUUCUGUCCCUGAACUUGGUUCUCUCAUUCAUCCAAAUAUCCAGGUGGAAGAAAUUGAACAGGCUGGAGUGAGUUUUAAGGUGGAAAAACCCUCAACUGAAAAUCCAGUGAAUGAAAAGCUUCCACCAUCCUCAGAUGUAGUAAUCUGCAGAAAGCAAGGACAGAUGGAUCUCCCUAGAGUAAAGCUGCAGAGAUUGAAAGAAGAGAAUUGGCAUAUAAAGAAUGCAAAUUGCACCCUUUUUUCACAACUUGAGGAGAAAAAGCAGCAAGUGAAGGAACUCCAGUUAAAAGUUAAGACACUUGAAAAUGAAAAUAAACAAUUUAAAGAAACUGCACAGAAUUCACAUGAUGAAGAGGAACAUGCAGAAUUGCUUUUAUUAAGACAGCAGGCCCAGGAAUUGGUGGAUGAAAAUGACAGUCUAAAAAUGACUGUUCAUCGUUUAAAUGCAGAACUGAGUCGAUAUCAAGCUAAAUACAGACCAAUUUCACCUAAUGAGAGUCUGAAAAUUGGAAGUCUGCCAUUGAAAAAGCCAAUACCCCCAUGGCUGCUGGAUAUGAAAUACUUAUCUCCUCUUCUGUUGGCAUAUGAAGACAGAAUGAAGGAAAAAGAAAACUUGAUUCUUGUGCAUGAGGAGGACAUGAAGAACUUUAAAGCAAGAGUUGAAGAAAUAGUAAAGGAAAAUGAGGAGUUACACCAGCAACUAAGUAAAAAUAGUUCUGUUACCACCAAAGAAUGGCAGCAGCUGCAAAGCCAGGCCAAGCUUGUUAUAGAGGAAAAUACAGUAUUGAUGGAACAACUUAAAAUACAACAAACAAAAGCAAAAGACAACCUCAGCGAACAUGUCCAAGAAGUUUCCAAAUUGACAAAACAGCUAAUGAUUUUGGAAGCUAAAAAAAAGUGCCAAGAAGAGGAAGCAAGAGAGCAUCAGAAGCAGCUGGAAGAAUUGCACUCUGCAUACAAAGAGCUGAAAGAUAGCACUAAAGAUCAUAUAAGUAGGAAGGAGCAUGUUGCUUUGGUAAAUCAAUGUAAAAGCCAGUUGAAGGAGGAACAAGAAAGGAGAGAAAAAGAAGCACAGGUAUUAAUGGAAAAGCUAGCAUCGGUGCAAGCAGAAAAAAAGAGCCUCCUUAUAGAGAAAAAUGACCUGGUGGCUGAAAACAAGGCUCUGGAAGAUGAAUUGGAAAUGGCACAGAAGACAAAGAGGAGAUCACAGAAGAAAAUAGGUAUUCUGAAGCAGCAGUUGGAAGAAUCAAUGGAAAAAGAGAUCACAGCACAUCAGUAUCUUGCAAACCUGAUAAGCUUGGCAGAAAAUAUAACUCAAGAACGUGAUCAUCUUUUAAAUUUGGCCAGUUGCUUGGAAAAAGAGAAGCAUGGUGUUCUCAACAAAAUAAUAGAAGGAAACGUACGUCUAGGAAGAUUAGAAGAGAAAGUGAAGGUAUAUAAAAAAACUGCUGCUGGAAAGCUUGGAGACAUCAGCCUCAAAGUGACACAACAGGAGAAGGAAUUCGCUGGGAAAGCUGCUCAGUACCAGCGAGAAAUGAAGCAUCUCCAGCGGCUGCUGCAAGAGAAGCAGGAAACCCUUGAUGAAGUGCUGCAGCAGAAAAGGGAAAUGGAAAGUGAACUUGAAAUAAUUUGGGAAUCAACCACCAAAGAAAACAGGAGGAUGAAAGAACUCUUGCAUAAAUCUCUGGAGAAGAGGAGCACGCAUAGUCCUGUCAAAACUCAUGAAUCACAUUUAGCUGACAUUUCUCAGAGAGACCUGCUGGGUGGGUACAGUUUUAGCUACUGUGAUGUGGAGCUGUUCUUGCCUUCUAAAACUGAGAAUCAAGAGGAACCUGUAUGUUAAAGACACAGAUAUUUCUCCCUCUUGGGUCUGAAAGAAGUUCAAUGCAGAAUAUGACCACAGGUUUUUCACAGCCCAGGGAAUCUUAGUAUUUGUUUCAGAAGGAAUGUUCCUAACCCUUAGGAUAACAGCAGAAAUACUGAAAAUGCACGGGGAGCUUGUGCUAGUGGCUGAGAAAUGCGAAGUGAAUGGAGUGGAACUUCUAAUCAAGAAGGGACUGAUCUUACUUUAGCAUAAACUUGACUCUCUACCUCACUUGAUGUUUGCUGGUGGCUUAUUCUUCCCGGCCACAGUUUUAUUACCUGGGAAUAAGCCUAAUGGAACACAGUGGGACUUACUUCUGGGUUCAGUAUGUUUAGGAUUGUAUUACUGGUCAUGGUUUCAUUACUUUAGAGAAAGUGGGGAAAAGUAGGGAUGUGGUGGCACAGUGGGUUAAACUGCUGAGCCGCUGGGCUGGUUGAUCAAAAGGUCGACAGGUCAGUUCCGCAGAGGGGUUGUGCUCUGGUACUCUGUCCCAGCUCCUGCCAACCUUGCAGUUCAAAAGCACAUAAAUGCAAGUAAACAAAAAGGUACCACUUUGGAGGGACGGUAACAGCGUUUUUUGCACUACUUGUAGAAGAUACUUGAAGUAGCAUGAUUACACCAUCAUCACUAUUUUUAUACUACUGUUGCUGUACUACCUCUACUGAUCUCUUUAGAGCAAUUAGCCCCAUUCCUCUGUGUAUUCUAGAUUUUAUUCAGGUGAAUUAUACAACUGUAAUUCAUGGCAGUCUCUUCCUGGCAGAAUUCUGAUGUAAUUAUUUGCAGAUACUGUUUUUUGAACCCUCUCAAUAUUCUUUAAAAAUAGUUUUAAAAUUUGCAUAAUUUAUUUUCACCAGGGAACUUCAGUUUUUUACUAAGAAAAUGUAGUAUUUUAAAACACAGUGCUUUGCAUUCUGGCUAACAUAUAGCAACAAGCUCAUGAAAUUUAUCCUCUCUCUAAACUACACUGUUUAGAGUUUUUGAGCUUUAAAUUCCUCCCUGUUGUCAACAAUCCAUCUAGUUAUUCAACCCAGAGAAAACUGUGGUGCAGCCACAGCUGCAGCUAUAGAACAUAUGUGCUGAUUACAGAAUUUAUUAAAGCACUGUAGAGUUGGAGGCUGUAAUUGCUGGAUUGGGCUGAUUUAGCUUGCUUUUACGAAGUAGGGACAAAAGGAAAAAGCAAGUGACUCACCCAUAUAACACCUAAUCUUUUAUCAAAAAGCUUAACAGCAUUUCUAACAUUGUGUGGCUCUACAGCAUUCGGCUGGAGAGGGGGUGGGGAUUUGGGGUACGGUCCUGUGGAAGUGUAGACAGAAAAACAACAUCCUUCUGACUAAACUUGCACAGAAAUGCACACUUAGUUAAUUUCUUUUUCUCUAUUUCACAUAUUAUGCUUUGAAAAUAAGUUGAAAAUUUUAUUUAUUUAGCCAGCUUCUAUGCUGCCCCAUGCGCUGAAGCCUCGGGGCGGCUCACAGCAUAAAAUACAGGUGAUAAAAAAGAAUGCAACAAUGCAAGAUAAGUAGUUAAGAGAAAAAGAGGAAAAUACUAAGACAUGAGCCCCAGUAGUCACAGUCCUUAGUAUAUCAUGGAUGCAUUUGUGAGACAGCCAAAGUAAACCAGCCUUGAUGGAUAGAAUUAGUGACAAGUGAGAGCCUGAAUGUUAUAUAACUUAAUCACAGUCAGAAAUAAACAUUUGCACCCAUAUUUGCUCUGAAUGUGGUCUCCAUGCAGGAGAUAACAAGGUAUCAUAACAUAUUUUUAAAAACUGGAAUUCUUUGCUUACUGCAUUUGCUGAGUACAUACAGCAUCAUUGGCUUCCAAAUUUUAUCAAUCCACUGUUGUUUAAACAGUUGCUAAGUAGCUGCUUCGUAGCAUGGGUGCCAGCCCCCAUGGUAAAUAUUCAGGCCCUUGAGGGCAGUCACUGCUGCUUAUUGUGGCAAGGGGGUUUGGGCAGGGUGGCUUGUUACUGUAGCUAAUGGGCUCUUAUUGGGUUCUACCUGAAUUACACAAAGCUGUAUUUUCAGGUUAUUUAGACUAAAUAAACAUUACAUAGGAAGGAGGAGAAAAAUCCCCUUUGGAGCAAAGAAGCAAUAAGAACAGGAGUAUCAGUCUAUCUUAGUAAUGAGCCAUUUUCAUAUAUUAGAAAGAUCUGGUAUUUAUGUGUUAAUGCAAACCGUAUCUUAUAUAAUAAAACUGAGAAAGGAAACCUAGUUGAGGCAGGAGUUGGAAAGGGGAAUGUCUAUUCUUGCAGAUGUUUGGAACCCAUGAAUGCAGCAGGGAGAAUGAAGCAGCCUCAGAAGGCUACACUGAAGCAGUGUAAGGAGAAGAUUAAGUACCACCUUUCCCAGCUGUAUCCAGUUCUUUUAAUAUUUUUGGAGACAAAGUCUAUUAAGAUUUUUGUGAAUUUUUUGUCAAGUUGACUAGAAGUGUAGGUACACAACUUUGAUGAAUUUUGCAAAGUUACUUUGCACAGAUACAACAGUGUAUAUAGAAGAACAUAAUAUAUUGACAGAUCCUGGGGUCUGUUCCAUAUGUAUACAACAUCAUUAGGAGUUUGGGUAGUCUGUAAGGUAGCAAAUACAUCGAAGAGGAGGAAAGGGAAUUACUGGGGAGAAGCCAUUGCUCAGUGGGUAGAGCACAUCUUCACAAGCAGGAGAUCCCAGAUUUAAUCACCAGCAUUGUCAGGUAGGGCAGAAAAACCUCCUGCCUGGAGAGCCAUCCUUAGGGAGAGGAGGCUGGAUGAACCAUUGGCUGGCAGCUUCUCCUGUUUCUCAUGAUAAAGAACGAGACAAUUUGGAGGCACCCAGUUCUUAUUUCAGUUGGUAGAGGCAGCUGAUGUUGCUGGACUCCUGAGAGAGGCAGAAAGGUCAAACCAUGAGUUUUGCCUCAAUAAAUUGUUAAUUUCCUGUACAAGCCACCCUCCUGAGAAUAAGAGGCUGCUUGGCAAUUUUGCUUCAGAAGAUUAUACUAGAAAAGCACAGGAAUUAUUUAGAACCUAUUUAUGAGGGCUGCACUUCAUCCAGCUAUUUUGCAGGAGCCUUCUCCAACCUGGUGCCACAUUUGACAUUGUCAGCCAGUGUAGGCAUAAGAGGAACUGUGGUCCAACCCAUCUGGAGGUCAUCAGGAAUGAGGAAGCUGCUUUAAAAGCUUGUGUCUUUCACAAACCAGCAGGCCACUAAACAAUAAACUGGCUCGCACAACAUACUCAAAAUGGACUGUGCUGGGUAACAUUUUGGAUAUGCAGCCCCAGGUGAGGGAUGCAAUGCCACGUGAGCCUGGCCACCAGCGAUAAAGAAAUCUCGUGUGUGCCCGUACAGCAAAUAACCCUCAGUGGCUAGGUUCACACUCCAACUCGCAGGUCGAAAUCUUGCACACACCAUGGCUCAUCAUGGGUUUUAAAAAACCCUAAUAAGGCAGCUCUGUUAUACUGAGCCGGUUAACCAGGUCACUAAUAUUGGACAAAUCAAAGUUUGAACUUUCUAUAUAAAAUGACCUGAUUAUCAUACAACUAUUUGCUGAACAUAGAAUUAACCCAUGAUUUGUUUCCCAGGUGACUGAAACAACUGUAGAUUGUUUUGCCAGUUACUGAAUUCUCUUAUACCUACCCCCUUUACCUGCCCCCCCCCCACAGUAUCUCAAAUGCCUUUGGUGUACUGUAGUGUUGUGUGCUGAGCAACUAUGGGAUUUUUUUCAUUUUGCCUUCCACAUCUGUAGUCUGGCAAAACAGCCCAUAAACAAUCAAUAUGUAAUAAAUCAUUGCUUGUAAUAACUAACUGGGUUUAAGCAGCCCAGAGUUCACAACCCAACAGUAAACCAUUAUGUUCUUCAUGUGUUCUUUCUAGUUAACCACCCAGUUAACCCACAGCUCCAGGGUUGCACAUCCGCAGCUCCAGGGUUGCACAUCCGUUUUGCAUGUGACAACAGCAAAUCUGUUUAAAAAUUACUGGGCUGUUGUGCAGAAGACGUUAAACUGCUGAGUUCUUGAAACAGCUUAAUGAACUUGGUUUCUACAACCUGUAAAGGAGUUGACUGUGGAUUGUGUGGUAGAGCAAAAGAGGCAAGCAUGCGGCAGGCAACGCAUUCAUUUGUGCACAAUAAACCAGCAGUUCCUAAACUGAGGGGUUGUUGCUAUGUGCAAACCGGAUUAUUUUGCAUACAAACAGGUGUGAGGCUAUGCCAACCAAAAGCAGUGGCAGCACUAUUCAACAGCGGAAUCCUAGAAUAAAAGGAAGAGGAUAUUUUACCAUUGAAAUGUUUCAGUUGGUCUUAAUCAAGUGUGGUACACAAUAGCUGGUUUCCUUGUUCCCCUUUCCCUUUUAAAUCACCAACACAGCUAUGCAACUUUUUUUUUUUUUUUUUUUUUGCACGGGGAGAUGUUUGACCUUUCCAUAAACAUAAGCAAGUGCUGCAUACUAGCUUUCCCUUCAGAAAGCAGUCAUUUCAAAAGGUUCUUUUUCAGCACUUAAUCAGAUCUAUGUAUGAUCCAAGGGGCACUGGCUGUGAGCUAACCUUAUAAAAGAUUCAAUUUAUGCAAACUGAAUGAGUACAGUUUCCCAGUAGCUUUUAGUCCACCUGCCUGUUUCUAAGCACAGAUUGUAAAUAGGGAACUAUCAAUAAUUACUGUAUUUUUCGCUCUAUAAGACACACCUGACCAUAA